CCGAGGGCCGGCCUGCUGGGGGCUGCUGCUGGCCCUGGUCCUCUGCCGCUUGCGCCCGGCGCGUCCCCGGAACGUGCUGCUGAUCCUCGAUCAGCCAGGGCGCCCAGCUCGGGAAGCUGGGCUGUUUUCCAGAACGCAGUGUUGUACAGUCCCUAGAGGGGAUGCUGGAAGAGGGGCUGAUGCCCAAGUCCCCGGAGACGUGGCUGCGUGCCCCGGGGCGCCCCGCCCUCCUCUCCUCCCCAGCGGUGUAACCCUCGGACGAUGGAGGCUUUGAGAGUGGUACCUACAACAACAGUGCCAUCAGCACCCCCCACCUGGACGCCUUGGCCCGCCGCAGCCUAGUCUUCCGCAAUGCCUUCACUUCCGUCAGCAGCUGCUCUCCCAGCCGGGCCAGUCUGCUCACUGGCCUGCCCCAGCAUCAGAACGGGAUGUACGGCCUGCACCAGGGUGUCCACCACUUCACCUCCUUCAACGAGGUGCAGAGUCUGCCAAGGCUGCUUGGCCAAGCCGGCAUUCGCACAGGUGGGGCGGAACAUCACCAGAAUGAAGCUGCUGGUCCGGAAGUUCCUGCAGACUCAGGAUGACAGGCCCUUCUUCCUCUACGUCGCCUUCCACGACCCCCACCGCUGUGGGCACUCCCAGCCCCAGUACGGGACCUUCUGUGAGAAGUUUGGCAACGGGGAGAGUGGCAUGGGGCGGAUCCCAGACUGGACUCCGCAGACCUACGACCCACAGGACGUGCUGGUGCCUUAUUUCGUCCCUGACACUCCUGCAGCCCGAGCGGACCUGGCUGCUCAGUACACCACCAUCGGCCGCAUGGACCAAGGGGUCGGACUCGUGCUCCAGGAGCUGCGCGGAGCAGGUGUCCUGAAUGACACCCUGGUGAUCUUCACAUCCGACAACGGAAUCCCCUUCCCCAGCGGCAGGACCAACCUGUACUGGCCGGGCACGGCUGAACCCUUGCUGGUGUCGUCCCCAGAGCACAUGAAACGCUGGGGCCAAGUCAGCGAGGCCUACGUGAGUCUUUUAGAUCUCACGCCCACCAUCUUGGACUGGUUCUCCAUCCCUUACCCGAGCUAUGCCAUCUUUGGCUCAAAGACUGUCUGGCUCACGGGCCGGUCCCUCCUGCCGGUGCUGGAGGCAGAGCCCCUCUGGAGCACCGUCUUUGGCAGCCAGAGUCACCACGAGGUCACCAUGGCCUACCCCAUGCGCUCCGUGCACCACCAGACCUUCCACCUCGUGCACAACCUCAAUUUCAAGAUGCCCUUUCCCAUCGACCAGGACUUCUACGUGUCGCCCACCUUCCAGGACCUCCUGAACCGCACUGUGGCCGGCCACCCCACCGGCUGGUAUAAGGAUCUCCACCGUUACUACUACCGGGAGCGUUGGGAGCUGUAUGACAGGAGCCAGGACCCCCACGAGACCCGGAACCUGGCUGCCAACCCCCACUAUGCGCAGGUUCUUGAACUGCUGCAGACCGAGCUGGCCAAGUGGCAGUGGGAGACCCAUGACCCCUGGGUGUGUGCUCCCGAUGGCGUCCUGGAGGAGAGGCUCUCCCCCCAGUGCCGGCCACUCCACAACGAGCUGUGAGCCUCCCUGGGGCACGUGCGCAGCCUCCCCAGACCGGGUCCCCACGUGGCCCAUCUGAUAAGGGCUCUCCCCGAUGUUGGUGUCAUUCUGCCACUGCCUGGAGGGGAGAACAGGGCGUGUGACCCAGUCCUUCCCCCCCCCGUGGUAGGGGACGCUGCUGUUCUUGUGUCUGAGCCCUGUCUCAGCAUAGGAAUUCCAGGGGAUCCUGGAACAGGGUGGGGCCCCCAGUCCGUGUCAGGUGAGGGUGGUCUGGGCAAGGGGGUCUCGUGUCCUGGGUCAGGUUGGGGACCUGCAGAGAGAAGGGGCUGGGACCUGGAGCUUAAGAUCCUUUUCAUUCUUUGGAGCCCCCAGAUGUUCCCACUUCCAGGUACCACAUGGGUGCUGGGAGGGUUCAGACUACACUCUAUGUAGGGACGCGGUAUCUGCCUUUUAUCAAUCUCUGGUCUUGAAAAAAUCUGUGAACACGCCUGGGGCUUGUUUUGCUCUGCCCCACGGUCAAGUUCCUGACCCUGGCUGGGUUUCCGCUAGGCCGCUGAUUCAUGGCAGGCUCCCCACGUGCCGAGUUUCAUUCUAUGGUCUAUAGAGGCAAGCUCGUCCUUUUUGAAUGUCCAAGGGGGAAGAGCCCGUCCUCUGGCUUGGGUUAGUUCUGUCCGGUUGGACUCCAGGGCUGUGGCACAGAUGUUGCUCACAGAUGCUCCACACCUGCCCGGUGCCCGCCUGCCGGGAAAGCAGAAGGUCUCCCUGGAAAGCCCAGAACGCGGGGGCUUUUUCCCUUGAGUGGGUGGGCUCCCGCUCUCCCCUGCCCUCCCCCACCAACACCAUCUUGGGGGCGUGGAGGAAGAUCCACAGUCCGGGACACCGUAAAAGCCUUUUAUUUUAGUAAAAUGUGCAGAAGUUCA